AACAACGCUUGUAAACAGAUCAUCUGACGCGCCUGCCCUCUCAGAACGCUUGAGAGCGCGGAGCGUUAGCGCGCAGAGUUAUCUAUCACUGCCUUCCGGACAGUCCUGAGAGUCUUCAGGGGCUGCACCUCAUAGCAUGAUGAUAAACCCUACAAGGACGCGCCUUUCUGUUUAUUGGAGGUAUUUUAAGGAGCAAACGAAUGAUGUAUAAUUUUUUUUGAAGUAUAUUUCGCUUUCGUUCUUUAAAUGAAACGAAGACGCGCCUGGACUUCCAUCUGCGCUCUUUUACGGGAAGCGUCCAUUUAACAGGGAAUAAAUGGAAUAACGGGAAAACUUCAGCUGGAUUUCUGUGCAUGGCAUUUUGACAUAUUACGGCUAAUAAAAAAAAAGCUGGAGUGACUUAUUUAACCACACCGCUAAAAGUGCAUCAAAGAAGAUGAGGAACCAAUUAGGACUUGAUGCAGCCUCUUCCUGGGAUGCGCUUCCACCUGUGUUGAGGCUGUUGAACCAUAGACAGUGCAACGCAUGAUUUUUACAUGAAGCUUCUGUGUAGAGAGCAGCAGAUGACCAGCAAAGAAGCUGAACAAGAAAUCUGCAGUCAUCUGUUCUGUCAACUACAGACGGUGAAUUAACCCUUUCCACUCAGCUGUGAUCUAAAGAACGCUUGAUUUCACAGUGGGAGCAGGUUGUCUCUGACAUAAAGAGAUGAAGCGAGAACGCUUCAAGCCGCCAGAACCAGAUGACCCUCUGUGCUGCUGUGGAGACAUUGACCAGCAAAGAGAGUACUGCUGCUGCGACUGUGAAGAACUUGAUGAUGCCUGUGAAAGAUUGCUCAGAGGAGAGCGGGACAAGCCAGACAUCUUCUCUCGUUUCGUCUCUCGUAUGGCUGAUCGUUUGGGUUUGCCAUGUUGUGCCAUAGGACCCCUUCGAUUGGAAAUCUCGGUCUUGCCUCCAAUGGUAUUAAUUCCCGGCUUAUUGCGAGUGGCAGCAAUUAACUGUGUGUUGGGAAUUGUAGUCCUAACUGCCCUACCAGGGCUGGUGCUUUGGUAUUACUAUGUGACUCACAGAAGGAAAAGACGCACAUUGUUUUUCCUUAGCUUGGCACUUUUCUCCCUUGCCUACAUGUACUACCUUUUCCUUACUGAGAUCGUUCCCAGAGGAGACGUUAGUAAUCUGCAGCUGGUUACUGCGACAACAGGCAUGAUGUUGACGCUUAUCUCCCUUGUGCGCACCAAACAAGGACCAGGCUUUGUCAAAUCAUUAGCUCAGGGAGUUAGCAGUAUCUCUGCAACCAAUCGGAGCACAAACAUACCUGGAGACUCUGCCCCCAGCAAUGGAAUCAUCCAGUCAAAUGGAGAAAAGGAAGGGAAGAAGAAGUUAUGUCCUGUUUGCCAAUUGGUGCGGCCACCAAGGGCAGGGCACUGUAGGAUCUGUGGAGCUUGUGUCCUUCGAAUGGACCACCAUUGUGUUUGGAUAAACAGCUGUGUUGGUCAAACCAAUCACAGGCAGUUCAUUUUGACGCUCCUUCUCUUCCUGCUGACUUCGUCCUACGGGAUCAGUUUGGUCUUACAGAGUAUAUGUCCAAGACAGAGUCUGUUCACAGCCAUGUUAUACUGCCCUGGAGUCUACAACCAAUACAGCACAGCCCUGUGCUUUACAUGUGUGUGGUACAGUGUUAUCAUAACAGGCGGUCUGCUCCACCUGUUCAUCCUUCAGAUCAUCAAUGUCAGUUACAAUGUAACAGAACGCGAAGCUCAGAUCGCUUUGCGCAACAAAACUGGCAGACGGCGCUUCUGUGGGCUGGUUGUGGAGACUGGCGUCUAUUCGCAAGGUUUUCUCCAGAACUGGAUUCAGUUCCUCACGAUGAACACGGAUGAGAACUGUUCCCCUUUCACCUUCACGGACAUGGUGUGAAUCAAUGACGUGACUACAGUUGCGAUCCUGGGCGGUAUUUUAACUGUAAUCAUGCGAUAUGUUAGUUCACCCCAAAAUGAAAAUUCUGUCAAUCAUUACUCACCCUCAUGUCGUUCCAAACCUGUAAGACCUUAGUUCAUGUUAGGAACACAAAUCUAAGAACUAUCUCACACUCCAUACACAGCAAUACAACUGAAAUGUUCCAGGUCCAGAAACAUAGAGUUAGGACAUACAUCAGUAAAAAAGUCAUGUGACGUCAGUGGCUCAACUUCAGUUUUUGACACUACGGGAAUACUUUUUUUGCGCAAAUAAAACAUAAAUAACACAAUUUACUCAACCAUUCGUGUCCCCUGUGUUACUGGACCUGGGAAGAUUUCAAUUAUGUUGCUGUCUAUGGAGGGUCAGAUAGUAAUAAAUAAAUAUUUUUUUAUGUUGGGGUGAACUAACCCUUUAAACAACCCUUUAAAGUGUCUGGUUAAGAAUUGAUUGAAUUGAAUGACACAUUUACCUUGUUUGCACUGGUUGUAUUCUGUAGUCAGCUUAAACCGAUCAAUUAAAUACCUAUGUUUUAGUAUUUUUUUAGAUUUUUAUUCCAGUGGUUGUCUCUGUAGGGAGAUAUCGAAUUGGGUUCAACGUGAUAUAUGACCACAGCAAUGUUUUAUGAAAUCUAACAAAACUCUACUCAUGAAGUCUGCAACUUUAUUGCUUAAAUAACCAAACCCUAUUACUGAAACGUGAUCAUUAAAUGACCAGACAGUGGGCAACUUUGCAAUCCGGGUAGCAAUCAAGUGUGUGUAUGCUGUUAACGACAAGUAUAAGAUAUAGCCGGUACUCUGAAAUGCUAAUAGACCAAAACAUUACAUUUUACACCAAAUUCAUAAUCCAUGUAAUUGUAAAUAUGCUACUACUUUUGUAGUGUGCUCUCUCUCAGGACAAAUGAUGUUGUAGACUUCUGUAUCUGCAGGUUUCUGUGUUCACUGCUCAAUUAACAGCAGUUAAAGGGGUCAUGAAUGGAGAUAUCAAAAUUAUAUAUCUUUUUUAUAUAGUAAGAAGUCAUUGGGCUAUAAAAACAUUUUGUAAGUUUAAAAAAUCAAAACAAAACACAAAAAAUAUACACAAGUGUUAGUCAAUUAUAGCAAUGGGCAUUUAAUUCUGAGUUUACUAUCCAAAGAGAAUAUUCUAAUGAGGAGGAAAUAGCAUAUUAUUUCUAUAUGAUGAUGUUUCUACUUAUAAUAUUGACAACAUUAUAAGUUGACCCUCAGAGAACAGUACAAAAUCAAAGGCAGUUAUGACCCGUUUGUUAUGAUGAGGUGCACUUUACAGUUAUGUAUUGUCAUCUUGAAUGAAAUUUCAUGUGUAAAAAUACAUUUACAAACAAUAAAUAGACUUCCACUCACUUUA